AUGAUUGAAGAUAAAAUAACAGCAUUUCCUAAUGGAAAUUCAUUUGUUAGAUAUCACCCAGCUAUCGAAAAGUUAGUUAUUGGAAAUAGUGAAGGUUUAAUAAAAAUUUUCAACAUUAAUGAACCAGAUUUAGAACCAGUAUCAAUUGAUAUAAAUGAAAAUUUGACGUCUUUAUCGUUCCAUUCAAAUACAUUAUUAGUAACAAAUACAGCAGGUAACCUUGAACUUAUUAACUUGAAGGAAAAUGAAUCAAAAGGUACGAUUUACAGAUCAGAAUUGCCAUUAAGAGAUUCAGUGUUUAUUAAUGAAGGUAAAAGACUUUUAUGCGGAGGAGAUGAUAACAAAUUGGUCUUAAUAGAUAUGCUGAAUGAAAAGUCGGUGUCAACGUUACCUAUACCUGAUCAGUUGUUAAAUAUGUCGUAUAAUGUUACUGGAGAAAUAUUGUCAUUAAGUUUAUCGAAUGGAAAUAUUCAAAUCUACUCAGUUAUAAACGAAGUUCCAAAUUUGAUCGAGACAAUAUCUAACAUACUCCCAGUUAAGAUUAACAGCUCAUUGGAUACUAUUGAUUACAUUGGAGAGAAUAAUGAUGAAUUAAUAGCUACUAAAACUCAAUGGUCAUCAAACGGCGAGUCGUUGUUGAUACCAACAGCCUUCAAUUCGAUUAAAGUGUACGAUAGAUCUAACUGGACUGAUGUUGUUAAAGAGUUUAAGUUAAAAGACUCGGAUGUUCGUAUGGUUGAUUUCGAACUUAGCCCUAAUAAUAAACACCUAGCCGUUAGUUACAAGGAUUUGACAUUAAAAGUGUUUGAUUUCAGCUCGAAGAAGUUACUCAAGGAUGUCAAACUCGAACUUCAAGAUGGACAUUACCCUACGAACUUGAUUUGGAGUGAAAUUCCUAAAUCUUCUGAUUAUAAUUUGUGUAUUGGUACUACCAAUGGGUGCAUUGUUACGUACCGUGAUUUGGUAAGUGAAGAUUCUGAACCUAUUUCUAGAAACUUGUUUUUAGACGAAGCGGAAGAAUCAGAUGCUAAUAACACAGACGACUUGUUCAACGACUCUGAUGACGAAGCACAAGCACAAUCCAAGCCAAAUGGUAUAUUACAUGAAGAAGACUCUUUGGUGAUUGAUCAAGAUGAUGAAGAUGAAGAUGAUAAUGAGAUGCCUGAUUACUAUAACAAAGACGUAGAUUCAUAUUUAGAUGAAAGACGUUCUAAUAAGCGGUUCAAAUUGAAUGGGAGUAAAUUUAAAUCUCCUUCACCAUAUAUAUCUGAUCGUAUUUCAGAGACCAAGGAAUUCGAAUUGCAGCCGUAUUCGCCUGGAUCCACACCUUGGAGUCAGAGUCAAAAUAAAUCAUUAUCAGACACAGAUAGGAGAUACUUAUCAAUGAAUUCUAUUGGUUAUAUUUGGUCCGUUAAAACUGCAUCAAACCCCGAGAACUUAAACCAACAAAGUAUAACCAUUUCAUUUUUCGAUAGAUCUAUAAACAAAGACUAUCACUUCAUAGAUUACUAUCAAUAUGAUUUAUGUUCCAUGAAUGAAAAAGGUGUUUUGUUAGCAUGUUCUGGGUAUAAAGAUAAAACUGGAAAGCAAGGUGGGAAGGUGUUUUAUAGAUUCCAUGAUACUGUUCAGGAUUCAUGGGAAAGAAAAAUACCUUUAUUGAAAGAUGAAUACAUUACCUCAGUUAGUAUAACCAAUAAUUCAAGAUUUGAAACUGAUUAUAGUGACGCGUUAAUUAUAAUUGGUACCAACUUUGGCUAUGUUAGAUUUUUCAAUUUGCAUGGGCUUUGCAUUAAUUUGAUAAAAACACCCCCAGUGGCUACAUUAGUGGCUUCAUCAAGCUCAAUUAUAUUUAUGAUCAACCAAAUUUCACCUAAUGUAUACGCAUAUUCCAUAAUUGAUGUUAACCAGGAUUACAAAUUUAUCCAGCAAGAUGUUUUGUUACCUCUUAAAAAGUGUACUAAGCAUCCACAAUUACCACUUAUAAAAGGUAUUUUCUUUAACGAAUACAAUGAUCCUUGUUUGGUUCCAGGUAUCGACGAUACAUUACUAAUUUUAUCGACAUGGCGUGAAACUAACAAUGCUAAAUGGAUUCCUAUUCUUAACUGUAAAGAGGUUAUUACCGAGAAUGGAACCAGUGAAUCUAAGAAGAAUUGGAAGUGUUGGCCGUUGGGAUUAUAUAAAGAUCAAUUAAAUUGUUUGAUAUUGAAAACAGAAAAUCAAUACCCAGGAUUUCCAUUGCCUUUACCAAUCGAGUUAGAGAUCAAACUACCAGUAAUGUGUGCUAAGUCCAAGGAGAUUGAAUCAAAUGGUGGAUCUGAUUCAGCAUCCAAUAAUGAAGAAGAUGCCGAAGAAUCGUUCUUGCGUGCAUCUACUAUGGGCAGAAUUGUUAAUGAUUCAUUGAACGAUGGAGAGAAUGAAGAAUUCAAUGAUGAAAUCUUAGAGAGAUUGCAAAACUACAGUAUGAUAUUUGAUAAGUCAUUAUUGAAAUUAUUUGCUUCUGCAUGUCAAGAGUCGAGACUAAACAGGGCAUUAAGUAUUGCAAAAUUAAUCAAGAACGACAAAGCCUUAAUGGCCGCGUCCAAAAUUUCCGAAAGGUUAGAGUUUUUGAAUCUAGCAGGCAAGAUCAGCAAAUUGAGAGAGGAUUUAGUCAAUUUGAGCGAAGGUGAAGACGACGAUGAAAAUUGA